AUGUCUGUCAGCAACCACGAAAACAGAAAGUCUCGCUCCAGUUCUGGCUCCAUGAACAUCCAGCUCUUCCACAAAACAUCCCAUGCGGACAGUCUCCUGACUCAGCUCAACCUGCUGCGUAAACGAAAGGUUUUUACCGAUGUGGUGCUGAAGGCGGGGAACCGCUCGUUCCCUUGCCACCGGGCCGUCCUGGCCUCCUGUAGCCGCUAUUUUGAGGCCAUGUUCAGUGGCGGGCUGAGGGAGAGUCGCGAUGCCGACGUCAACUUCCACGACUCUCUCCAUCCAGAGGUGCUGGAGCUCUUGCUUGACUACGUGUACUCGGCCCGGGUCAUCAUCAACGAGGAAAACGCAGAGUCCCUCCUUGAAGCCGGAGACAUGCUUCAGUUCCAUGACAUCAGGGACGCAGCGGCAGAGUUUCUAGAAAAGAACCUGCACCAGUCGAACUGUUUAGGCAUGAUGCUGCUUUCCGAUGCCCACCAGUGUCAGAGACUGUAUGAGCUGUCCUGGAGGAUGUGCCUGGCAAACUUUGCUACGCUUUUCAAGACAGAAGACUUCCUCAGCUUGCCCAGAGACAAAGUAAAGGAGCUGAUCCUCAGUGAGGAGUUGGAGGUGGAGGAUGAAAGUCUUGUGUAUGAGGCCGUCAUUGACUGGGUGAAGGCCGACAUGGAGCGGAGGCACAGUGAGCUGCCCGAGCUGCUGCGCUGUGUUCGCCUGGCACUGCUACCUGAGUCUUACCUGCUGAAGAAUGUGGCGUCUGAGGAGCUGGUGAUGUGUGACAAAGUGAGUCGAGAGAUUGUGGAGGAUGCCGUUUGCUGUAAGAUGAGGAUCCUCCAGAAUGACGGGAUUGUUACGGGGUUCUGUGCUCGACCCAGAAAGGUCAGCCAGGCUCUGCUGCUGCUGGGGGGACAGACAUUUAUGUGUGAUAAAGUCUACAUGAUUGACAACAAAACCAAGGAGAUCACCCCAAAAACUGAUAUACCCAGCCCCAGGAAGGAGUGCAGUGCCUGUGCCAUAGGCUGCAAGGUUUACGUUACUGGAGGCCGUGGAUCUGAAAAUGGCGCCUCCAAAGAUGUCUGGGUCUACGACACGCUGCACGACGAGUGGUCCAAAGCAGCACCUAUGCUGGUGGCCAGAUUUGGACAUGGUUCUGCAGAACUCGACCAUACACUGUAUGUUGUGGGAGGACACACAUCUUUGGCAGGAUCCUUUCCUGCCUCCCCUUCUGUGUCUCUCAAGCAGGUGGAGCAAUACGACCCUCAAACCAACAAAUGGGCGCUUGUGGCUCCGUUGCGAGAAGGGGUGAGCAACGCUGCUGUGGUCGGUGCCAAAAACAAACUCUUCGCCUUUGGAGGCACCAGUGUGAACAGAGACAAAUAUCCCAAGGUGCAGUGCUUCGACCCCUGUCAGAAUCGAUGGUCGGUACCGGCAGCUUGUCCACAGCUGUGGCGAUACACCGCGGCGGCCGUGGUCGGAAAUCAUGUCGUCGUCAUCGGAGGCGAUACUGAAUUCUCAGCCAGCUCGGCGUACCGGUUCAACAGCGAGACGUACCAGUGGUCAAAGUUCGGUGACGUGACAGCCAAGCGGAUCAGCUGUCAUGCGGUGGCUUCAGGAAACCGACUGUAUGUGGUUGGAGGGUACUUUGGGGCACAGAGGUGCAAGACGCUAGACUGUUAUGAUCCGUCUUCAGACUCCUGGGACAGCGUGACCAGUGUCCCCUACUCGCUCAUUCCCACGGCCUUCGUCAGCACAUGGAAGUACCUCUCGGCAUAAAGACUGACCGGCUACUGGAAGUUUCAUGAUGAGCUGUGAUGUCUGGUAUGCAGGUAUGCGUCUCCCUUCACUGGCUCUGAAGACGGGGAGGAAGAAGAGGAAGGUUUUUCUUUUAAAUGCCCAUCAUGGCUCCAUCCUGCCUGAAUCACAGUGUCGUCUUCAGCUGCGGAGGAGGAAAGGAAAGGGUCCUGGAAUCGGCCUAGUUCUGUUUACUCAGACUUAUUGUGUGACUUUCUCAUGCAGCCUCUCAUCUGAGCUGGACUGGUUGCCAUGUGGACUACAGAGACCUCACAGACGCCUUUGUGAUGCAUGUGAGGCAGAGAGCAUGGAGGUGAGCCAUCUCUGCACAAAAACCCACAAACUUCUCUCUUUCCAGCCUUGGGGGCAAAUAAGCUACUGUGACUUAUUCAGUCAAGCACUUCUCAAAUGACUUAUUCCACCAUCGGAUGUGUAUCAUCUCGUGAGUACAUUACCAGUUUUACUGACAUGUUGUUUUUAAGUUAACUAUAAAGAAAGUGAAGCAGUCUUUUGUUUUUUGUUUUGUUUUUAAACCGAUCUUUACAUUUGGAGAGGAUAGACAGUUUGCCUUUUUCACUUGAAAACGUCACAUUAGCAUGGCCUGAAUUAGACCUUUCCGAUGCUACGUAUAGAGGGAUUAUCAGUCUACGUCACUCCCUGCGCAAGGAGGAGAGAAAACAUUUGGGGGGAGGUGUAGGAUUUUGUUGCACAGGAACAAUCUUCAUGUCUGUAUUUUUAGCCUUUGGACGUGGGCUUCCCUCAAUUUUGGUGAGCUAAAUUUGUGUCUUCCUCCUCAACUUAAAAUACAAACGCGCAAUAGAGAUUGUGGCCCAUCACGGCUGAAGGAGAUCAUUUUCUACUUCAAAAUGCUAUUUCAAAUUGUGAUUUUUGUCAUUUCUCUGUGGUUUGUGUCUCAGGGUUAUGUAUAAUUUUUGCCAGAUUCUGUCCAAUAAAAGGUUACAUUUUCAUUUCGUGUUGUUGUGAAUGUACUGUUUUUGUGACAAACUGUCAUUUACAUUGUUUUUCCAACUGCAAAUGUCUGGUUCAAUCUUAACAGCAGCUGUCUUAUUUAAAACAUAAUUGUUGCAAAAUAGGAUAGUUAGCGUUCGUCUGUAUUUUAAUAAUGAAAGCUAAAUGUGUCCUAAGUAGUCCAGUUGUACUAUUUUUGUUGCAUUCUAAAAAUUCUUGUGGAAACGUUUUUUUUUUUUCUUUGAAGAAUUUGUGUGUAUAGUUUGUUUACUGCUUUUGUAAUUAAUUUGUAGAAGCCUUUGAUUUGCACAAUUUGUAAAAAGACAUCUCUCAGUGGUCUUAAUUUUGUAUUUUUGUCUUAACCCAGCCUGGGUAGUGUGAAUAAUCAAAUCCCCUUUGUAGCAGAAGCCUCCUGUCUCUAAUCCUCAUGCUUUUUCUUGUAACACCAUUAUGUCAAAGUAUAUGUCUGAUAUAUGAAGCUAUUAUGGAUACACACUCUGAUUUCUUGUGCCGCAGCUCCUAAAUUUUCAAUAAAUGUCCUUAAGUUGAAA